AUGAUGCGCCCACGGCCUGCGUCUUCCUUACAGAAGACUUACGACGAAUGUUAUCUCGCGUGCUCUACCGCGGUAUACUUUGAGGGCCAGGUAAGUGCGCUAGCCCGAACACCAGUUCGUUACUCAUUACAUCAGAACAACGAAGAGGAAGCAUUGCGGUCCUGGAGAUCCGCACUCGAGACUAUUUAUCACCACAAUGCCCGCCGUGUACCUUCGAAUUAUACUCCCAAAUCUGAAACCGAGAAGGCCCUGCAGGACUCCAUCCGGGCGCUAGAGAUCCAAUGCCGAGAACGGGUCGAUCUGCUGGGCGCUCUCCGAGCCAGCAGAAAGGAAUCGGCAGAGGCUAAUGGCACCGGUAAAGAGAGCGCUACUCUCGUCAAGGGUAAAUCUGUCACCAGCGCUCCGCCACCGCCGUCCUCCAGCCUUCCCGGCUGGAUCGGAGAUGGAACGAUCCCUGCUGUCGGCUACACCGACCUUUCCAAACCCGCUGCUAUACCCGGCCGACCCUCGCUGCCAACGAAACAAAGUUACGACUCAACACUCCAGUACGAUGAUGCUGGCCCUUCGCAUUUGUCCGCGGCAGACACGCCUGCACUCCGAGUGAACUCUAAUUCCUCCGACAAAACCAAGUCCCGUGGCUCUAGCCCGGAGAGACGGAAACCUAUGUUGACUACUUUACGUAGUAGUGAUGGCAAGAAGAAUGGUAAGAAGGUCAAGGUCCCGUCGAAGAAAAAGGAGUCACGGCCUGCGGCCUCCAAAGCAGCCGGCCUCGCCUGGGGUAGCAUCUAUCGCUCUGCAUCGGGCGACAAGCCCCCAAAUGACGCAGCCAUAGCAUCCUCCCGGGCAAGCGCAACUGGCGACUCUGCUCAACGCCGGGAUCCAGAACCAAGAGUGAGUUCUGGCGAUGAGCCGCGGCCGGCAAAAACUCGGACCUCUCGUGAUCUCACGGGGGACCGAAUUCCUACUGCCCAUUGGCGAGAGCCUCUUCGUUCUUCUCCAAAGAUAACCUCGCCUAAGCUGCCUACGCAACCGCCGGCGCGCCAGCCUCAACCUCCACCACACAGCCCCCAAUUAUCGCAUCCGUCUCCAAUGUCUAUGCCAAAUCCGGCCCACUACACGACUCCGCCCAAGCCCUCUGUCAAGCCAAAACCUGUCGCUUUACGAUCCUCCCAGCCUUCUCAGCUCCCUUCAAGCCAUCUGAUGCAGACUACCAGGUCUGAGCAGACCUCAAGGACAAUGACGCCCCGGCUUGAUCGGGAAGCAAAUUCCUCGAAUGAUCGACCGCGCACAAAGUCGGCACCCAAGGUUUCUAGGAUCAGCGAAGCCGCUCGUGUUUCUCCGUCAUCUGGCAGUGGUGACGAUAUCUACCGUGGUGUGGACCGAUUGGCGAUAUCACAGAGGAACGUAAAUAACCCAACCAGACGCAAGCCCCCACCAGCUAAACGACGAGAGACACCUCCAUCAAGCGACCAAGAGACUUCGGACCAGCAAUCUUCAGCAGACGAAGCAGAAGAUGAAGGCGAGGAAGACGACGAGGACAUCAACAAGAUUUGGGAAAAACUGCCCAAGGGCGUGGAUCCGCUUUCAGCAAAGCAGAUUCUAAAUGACAUUGUAGUACGCGGUGAUGAAGUGCACUGGGAUGACAUCGCCGGGCUCGAAGGAGCCAAAAAGGCACUCAAAGAAGCGGUGGUUUACCCAUUCCUCCGUCCCGAUCUCUUCUCUGGUCUUCGCGAACCAGCUCGCGGAAUGUUAUUAUUUGGUCCUCCAGGAACUGGUAAGACCAUGCUCGCACGAGCAGUAGCCACAGAGUCGAAGUCAACAUUCUUCUCUGUCUCGGCAUCAAGUCUAACGUCCAAAUGGCAUGGCGAAAGCGAGAAGCUGGUGCGCGCUCUGUUCGGUCUCGCCAAAGCUCUUGCUCCAUCCAUCAUCUUCGUCGAUGAGAUCGACUCUCUUCUCUCUGCGCGGUCAUCCGGCUCGGAGCACGAGGCCUCACGUCGCUCAAAAACAGAAUUCCUGGUCCAAUGGUCUGAUCUUCAACGUGCAGCCGCUGGUCGCGAGCAGACUAGUCGCGAGAAAAAGGAAGGCGACGCCAGUCGCGUGUUGGUCUUGGCUGCUACGAAUAUGCCUUGGGAUAUCGAUGAGGCUGCCCGCCGUCGUUUCGUUCGUCGACAGUACAUUCCGUUACCGGAGCAUCAUGUUCGUGAGCAGCAAAUUCGCAAGCUCAUAGGUCAUCAACAUCAUGAACUUAGCGACGCUGAUAUCCAAGUUUUAGUCCAUGUCACAGAAGGAUUCUCUGGUUCGGACAUCACAGCUCUCGCGAAGGACGCCGCCAUGGGCCCCCUGCGCAACCUAGGCGAAGCCCUUCUCCAUACUCCCAUGGAUCAAAUCCGUGCUAUCAUAUUCCCUGAUUUUGAAGCGAGUUUGUAUUCUAUCCGGCCCAGUGUGUCACCCGACGGACUUAAGAAAUAUGAGGAUUGGGCGAGAGAAUUUGGCGAGCGAGGUGGAUAG